GCUUUCUAUUUAAAGUCUCCGCCGAGUCAGGCGAUCUGCACCAUAGGAAUGACACGGACUUGGAGUCUCUGUCUGGAGGAUUAAGGGGCAUACAUUACAAAUUCAUCAUUCAAACCGGUGACAAUGGAGGCUUGUUGUUUACCUGAAGAUAGAAUCGAGCCCGAGAUUGCUUUCACGAUCGAUGAUGCGUCGAGUGAAGUAGGAGCGAUUGAAAAUGAAGAAGCGGAGGAGCUCGGCAACAGUUUGAAGGAUCUUGUCCAGGACCAAUCUAUCAAACCCAAGCUGCAGUGCCUCAUGGUGGACCCUACCUUUUCCAUGGUGACAGUCCAGAGUGAAGACAGUGGAAUAGUGUGGGAGACCUCCUCAAGCAGGUGUUCCACCCCAUGGGCUUCAGAAGCUAGCAGUACCUCUGAUGUGUUCAGUUUGGAAGGUUCUCCUGCGGGAUACACACCAGGAAAAAUUGUGUUCAUCAUGGAUCAAGAUAAAAUAGUUCGAAGGAGAAAAAGAUCGAGCCUAGGGAGCAGGAUGAGUGAAACCAAUGGGAAAACCAGGGAUAACUCCAAACAGUUUCCCAGGAAAGCCGCUGUCCCCAUCAUGGAAGUAAGUCUGCAAAAAGCAGGUACAAAUGAACCGUCGCCAGAUGCUCCCGUAACAUCUAGACCAGCAAAUAACGGAAACCCUCAUCCAAGUCCUUUGAAACGCACAAAAAUAUACCCGGAGGAGCUCUCACCUGUGUCGGCUAGAUCAGGGGGCCAAGGAAAUCCACUCCACAGACAGUCUGAAAUACAUGCUGGGGAGCCUCGACCACACGCCCCUGUGACAUCUAUACCAAUAAGCCAAGGUAACCCACAUCUAAACCCCCUGAGAGAAACAGAUGUUGUUGCAGAGGAACCUGUACAACAUACUCCUGUGUCAGCUAAAGCAGCAAGCAAAGGGAACCCCUAUCCCAGUAGUUUAAGAGAAAGAGAGGAGAUGCUUCCACACAUGCCAGUGACUGCUAAGCCAGGGUUCAAAGGCAACCCGCAUCCAAAUCCUUCAGGAGCAGACAACAAUGAACCAUCGGAGCACACAGCAGUGUCGGCUAAGCCAGUGGUCAAAGGCAAUCCUCAUCCACUUCCUUUUCAGGAAAAAGAAACAGAAACACAGGAGCUGUUGCCUCAUGCUCCUGUAGCGGCUAAGCCAGUAGAAAAAAUAGACCCUCCUAAAAGAGAAGAUAAACCUCGUGGAUUGGUACAAGGAGCAUUACUGAAAUUUAACACUCCUCCACCAGAACACAAAAUUUCAACAUUUUCCCUCCAAAAAUACUCUAAAGAUCCUGUAAAAGAAGAAUUAGAAUCCAAAGAAGACCAAACCAGAGUUGCAGAUAUGAACCCCUCGUCGCCCUUGAGGUCCUCAGUCUCUGAUAAUCCAAAACCAGACAGUGCCUUGUCAAACCCAGCCCCUGUCGCAAGCUCUGCAGCUGAUCCCACUGAGCCAUCUCGGCAGAAUCCAUGCUUCUUACCAGACAUGAGCCAGAAUCCAGUGGUAACAGAGUCUGUACCAUUACUUAGGUCUACUGGUACUGCUUUCAUGGGAGCAGAAUAUUCCUUGCCUAAUCCAAGCAAGAAUACACUUCCUAAUGUUAUUGCAGCUACCUCUUCACAAGAACCAGAGGCAGACAAGCAGACCACGGAACACAAAGCAGAGCCUGAUAGUCAGAAAGAACUCUUUAACAUUGUCUCUGAAGGCUAUGAAAUACUGAACAUUAUUGCUCCUCCGGAAAUGUUGUCCAUUGAUGAAGAGGAAAGCAGUCACAUGCAGGAUAACUUGGCUUACUUGGAAGACAAUCCACUAAUUAAACCAAAAGUCUUACAAGAGGCAGUAGAGGCUGAUGAAAUACCAGUCAUUGAAGAAGAGAUGGAAACAGAGAGCAAUGACAUAUCUGAAGAAAAGAGCGAAGAAAAAAGAGAACUAAAAGACACAAUCAUUUCAGAACAAAAAGAAACCGACAAUGUAGAACAAACAGGGACUCAAAAUUUAGAACAGAAUAGCACUACUUCUACUGAAUUAACACAGCCUUCAGCGCUUGCUCCACUUUCGAUAAAUGGAAAUAGCGACAUGGAUUAUUUUGAAAAAUUCACUUUAAUGGAUGAGCAAGUCCCUGGAGAAAAACCUAUUGUAGAAAAAACAGAAAAGGAGGAUACCCUUGUCAAUGAAGAUGAAGAAAACGUGGAGGAAAAAUCUAAGUGUGUUUCAUUUUCUGAAGACCGUGAUGUAUUUGUCUUUGUGGAUGACAUUGAAAUUGCAGGAGAACAUCUGGAUGAAGUAUUUUAUGGUACUGAACAAACUGAAGCAGAGGCCUGUACCCCAACCAAGCAUUACAUAGAAGAUGAAACAAAUGACAAAAAAGAUGCACAUCUCAAAGAAAGUGGUGCCAGUUUAUUUAGCCAUGAAGAGGAAACCCUUACUAAAUGUUACUAUCCUGUAACCACCAAAAACAUUGAUCUUUCUCUUCUGGAGGAACCACCAGCAAUGGCAUUUCUCUAUACAGAUCUGUAUGACCAGGCAACUGGAAGGAAAGAGAAAGAUGACGAACCCUCGGAUGAAGAGAGUCUUAAUUCUGACGCGUCUUUCCCUAGCAGGCUGUCUGACUCGGAUGAUAACACAGGCAUAUAUUUUGAAAAAUAUAAUUUGAAAGACGAUGUUCCCUUAGUCGAAGGGGAACCUACACCUCAAGAGGAGAAAGCACAAAAUAUAUGGCAUCAGAAUACUUUUGAGCUCACUGGUGGUUUCACGCAAAAAAAAAAGGAACCUGACAUCAUUAAUGAAGAUGCAAGCCCUGAAGCAUGUAGCAAGACCUCUGAUUUGUCUCCUUAUGAGGAAGCAAAACAGCUUAUUGAUGUUUAUGAGGAGUCUGAGGAUUUAGUCUUCGAAGCUGUGGUUAGUAAAGAUGACGCAGUCUCAGCAGGAGAAGCUGAAACACUAGAUGAGAAGAGUCUGGAGGUGGCUGAAGAAGAACCCCAAACUCAACAAGAUGUAAAAGAAAAGCCAGCAGAAAAGGAGAAGGAAGGAAGCAUGGUUGUUACUCGGGAUACUCUUAGCAGUCCUGAAUUUGGCAAACAUCCAUUUGAUGUGCUGUCUGGAACGGCCUUGAAUGCUCCUGUAGAGGUUCACGAGCUUGACCAAAGUGAAGUGGAAGCGCCUUCUGAACCAAAUAAAGCAUCAGCAGGUGAAAUGGAAGCACAGGCUUUAGAAAUUGAAGACGAACCUCUAAUAAAAUAUGAGGUCUCAGCUGAGUCUGCAGAAGACAUUUAUACAGCUGUCCCAGAACUGAAACCUGAAGAAGAAAUCUCAGUUUCUGAGCCAAUUCAUUUGGAGGAAGGAAGUAAAAACAAGUUGUACACUGCAGAAACAACCUCUGAAACAGAUCACGUAUCCGUUCAGGACACGCAAGACAAAGCAGUCAAAAUUCCAGAGGAUGAACCACAACUAAUCAAACCAGAGCAACUAGAAGCAGAAGCUUCCUUGAUUGAAGACGACCAUCAGAAGAAGGAAGCUGCAGUAGAUCAUGUGGUAGUCAUAACUGAACAGAAGAUUAGCAUGGAACACAGAGACACUUGCAACGUGGAUGAAACUGCAGAUAAAACCCAUGAUACAGAUGUGGAAAAACCUGAAGAACUGCAGAACCUGCAGGAAUGGCAUAGUGCAGAUUUAUCCACAGCAAGAUCAGAUAUUGUGGUAAAACGUCAAGAGCAGGAGUUAAGAAGUUCAGAAGAAACCCAGACCAAAGUGAUCCAAGAAACAGUGGAAGAAACUGUACCCGAAAAGCAGGAUGACCAACACCCUCCUGUGGAGCACAUUGCUAAACCAGAUGUUCAGCAACAUGAUACAGAAUCAUACGAGGAGGGUUUGCAUCUCGGUUUGGAAAAUGUACCAUCACAGUCAGAAAUGUACUUCGAGCAGUGCAUUGAGCGUGACGAGGAAACCGCAGAGGACUUAGAUUAUGAAAUGGUCACUCAACAAGACAUACAAGAUGAUUACACAACGUCAGAGAUGGAGCUGCUCGGGGAGAGAGAAUAUAUUAGUGAGGGCACCGGGGAGCAUCAUGAGAAUGAAUUUGACUUUGUUGACGAAGCAGCUGAGGAUGUACCAGCUGAAGAAGUGACUGGGGAAGACUUUGAGAUAAUCGAGGCCUUAGGUGGAACUUCCAUCAUCCCAGAUGCUGAGAUGGCUCUGAAGGAACCAAAAAAGCCUCUGUUAGACACAUUCUGUCUGGUCUGCAAAUGUCCAAUUUCAGCUAUUGAUAAGCUGUUUGGAGAGCACCAGGACCAUGAUGUGUCAACAUUGGAUAAAGCAGUUGUGGCUACAAAGAAUAAACUAAUUGAGUACAUAUCUGAAUUGCAAGGAAGAGCCGAAAAGAUUGAGGAUCUGGUGUCCGAGUUGGAACUGGCCUUUAAUACAGUGGAGGAGAACUGCAGCAGAACAGAGCAGCUGCUGGACGAUCAGAACGAGGAGAUGAUGAAGACGGUGGUGGAACAGUACAGCCAGAUGUCUCAGAACCUGGAGGAGGAGAAGAAGAACAAACUGGAGCAGCUAUACGACCAGCUCGUCACCUUCCAGGAGAGCACAGAGUCUGCCAAGGAGAUCCUGGAGGAGAGUGUGAAGGAGGUGGAGGAGCCCGAGGAUCUGAUCUUCAUAUCUUCCUCCAACGACAUUAGCAGGAGACUCAACAAUGCCCUAGAGACAACCGUGGCUCUAGAACUGGCCCCCAGUGCCUUCCCUGUGUUUGAAGAUUAUGCUAAAAGCACCUCGGGAAAUGGACAGAAGCUACUGAAAAGCAUUGCUGUUCCUCAGACCCCAAAGCUACAGCCACAGGAAGCAAGCUCUGCCACCAGUUCGUCUGUGAUGGUCUACUGGAAGGUGAACGAGGGCGAUGUUAUUGACUGCUUCCAGGUCUACUGUAUGGAGGAACCACAGGGAGCCAUGUCUGAAGAAUACAGAGUGACAGUGAAGGAGAGCUAUUGCACACUGGAGGACUUGGAGCCUGAUAAGUGCUAUUUGGUGUGGGUCAUGGCUGUGAACUACACAGGCUGCAGUUUACCCAGUGAGAAGACCUCUUUUAGAACAGCUCCCUCAGGCCCUGUAAUCAAGUCAGAGGAAUGCACGGUGUGCUGGGACACAGCCACCAUCCGAUGGAGUUCAGCAAACCUGGACGCCGUGGAGUGCUUCACUCUGGAGUACUGCAAGCAAUACGCUUGUGAGGGAGAAGGGCUCAGGUCUGUAUCUGGAAUAAGAAACUGUGAACAGAAGGUGCUUUUACAGCCAAGCGAGAAUUACCUUUUCUAUAUCAAAGCUGUAAACUUUGCUGGAGCGAGUGAGCAAAGCGAGGCAGCGCUAAUCUCUACGAAAGGUACCAGGUUUCACCUGUUAAAAGAAACCGCCAACUCAGCCCUCGUGCUCUCAGAGGACGGCACUGCCAUUCACUACCAGGAGCAGACCUUCAAACACAGGGCCAAACUCAAUGACUCUCUGGGGGUCCUGGGGGAGCUGCUACCCCCUCGUGGGUAUCACUAUUGGGAAACUGCAGUGGGCGGAAGUGAGGCCUACAGGAUCGGAGUGCUGUAUCCCUCCACACCGAGAGACAGUCCCCUGGGGCAGAACAGCACCUCCUGGUGCAUUCGCUGCAACUCCUCUCCAACAAGUCGCAGGUUCGAGUUCCUCCACAGCAGUACCCAGGCUGACAUCCAGGUGGCGGAGCUGCCGCUGCGGAUCGGAACUCUGCUGGAUUACCUGCACGGGCGGCUGCUGUUCUUCAACACACAGAGUGGGCAGCUGCUGUUCUCCUACCGGCACACAUUCACAGAGGCUUGCCACCCCGCCCUGGCAGUGGAUAGACCCGGGUCCCUGACUCUGCACACAGGGAUCCAAACACCAGACUUUGUGAAGCACAGCUAACCACAUCACCCAGGAGGGUGGCCAUUAGCUCAGUUUGUGACGCCUCUUGCUUUCUGCCUUAAAAUAAGAAAUGAAAAAAAGCUCAAUGAUGGACUGUGUGCAUGAUUUGCAUUAUUCUUAAUUUUUUUUUUUUUUGUAAAGUUGCAGUUUUUUUUCGUGGUUAAUUGCAGCAAAUAGUAUUUUCUCUGCACUGACUUAUCUGUUUCUGAUCCUAGUUAAACUUGAUAUUUUGUUCUGAAUUAAACAAAGGUUUACAAGUAAAUCUAGUUAGACAGAUGCUUAACAAUGUUAUCCAUAUCUGCAGCUUCUGAUGUUUCAUAGAUGCAUUUCUUCUGAGAUUAUCGAUAAUGCCAAUCAAUAACUGAUGAGGAGCAUGUCCAGAAGACCUACAACGAGCUGCACAUAUUGAUCCAGAGUUUUGAACAUGCAUAAUAAAGUGGAGGCUUACAGAGGUUUGUACAUGCGUACGUCACACUUACAUGUGAGGUUUGAUCUUUAGAGAGCGGUAUUUUUAUUUUUUUAAUUAGACAGCAUGACAGAUUACCAGUUGAUGUCUAUCUGAUGCAGUCCAUAAAGUGUCAAUCAGGAAGUUUUUAUCAAAAUUCAUGCUCAUCCUUGAUUUAAAAAGGGUUCCUGUUUUAAGUGUUCUAGUAACCAGUGUUGUCUAUGCAAUUUUUGCUUUUUUAUUUCAUAAAAAUAUAGCACACACUAUGUUAUGAUGGCAUAAAAUUGAAUUGGAUUCUUUGCAUUUGGUCUUAAAUUAUGUGUGAAACAUUAUAUAUACAGUAUGCUCUUUGAGCUAAAAUAUAUAUAUAUAUAUAUAUAUAUAUAUAUAAUUUUAAUUCAUCCAUGCGUAUUUCUGUCUUUAGAACGAAAGUCUCCUCAGAUCUUGUAAAAUAACUGACUUUUCAAUGUACAUGCAUCAUCCUUUGUAGGUCGUGACCCCUCUUUUGAAAUGAUUACUUGCUGAAAUACCUGGUCUCCCCAAUUUAGUUUUACAUGUAGGAUUAAUUUAAAAAUAGAAAGCAGUUUCACAAACUCUAGUGUAUGUAUGUAUAUAUCUGAUUGGGUGUGUGCGGUGUCAAUCAUUGGAGAAGUAACUCAAAACCACUUCUGUGGCAGUCAGGUGGUACACAGUGGCAGCCAAAACCAGCUGUACAAAUGCAGAAGAAUCGCUCGAUAAAACUGAAGUCAAUAUGAUAUACGGUUUAACCUGUCCUGCAUCUUCUGCACACUAGAGGGCGAUCUCUGAAUAGAAACUGGUUUGUCACAGAUUACGGCUGAAAUAGUGUUUCACCAGCAGGUGUAAAUAAGAGGGUGGGUAGGGGUGUCCCCAAAUAAUCAUUCUGUAUCUUACAUGGGUGAGAAGUUAUUUUAUAUUUGUUGCUUCAAUAUUUACGUUUUUUAUUGUUAAUCAUAGAUCAACAAUUACACUAUGUAACACAAUUUUUGUUCCUGGGUAGUAAGUGUUAUUUCCUAAUUGCUUAUGCCUCAAAAGUAUAGAAAAUGGCUAUUAUUCCCCACAAACUUUGCUUUUGUGACCAGGACAGUGAUAUUUUGAAAUUUACCUAUUUCCAAUGAGAAAACAGGCGAAUUUGUGUCUUUUCGUUCAUAUAAAGUCAGAAAAAAACAACAUAUGAAUCCAAAUUAACAUGUAUUUAUACUAAAGUAAUACAAAAAUGACUACAAAAGAUUUAGAAGUGAGUAGUUUUUCGAGAUUUACGAUUAUACUGUAAAUCACUUUCACGAAUCAGCCCCCAAAUGUAGUCUCCCAUCAUGUUCUCGUUAUACUGUCCUUGGUAGCGGCGUUCAAAGUCCAGUAUAUCCUGGUGGAAGCGCUCGCCUUGCUCCUCCGAGUACGCUCCCAUGUUCUCCUUGAAUUUAUCAAGAUGAGCAUCAAGGAUAUGGACUUUGAGGGACAUCCUACAGCCCAUUGUGCCGUAGUUCUUCACCAGAGUCUCAACCAGCUCCACAUUGUUUUCGGCCUUGUGAUUGCCCAGGAAACCCCGAACCACUGCGACAAAGCUGUUUAUCAGUUUGGGGUUGUUUUACUGGCAAUUGUGAUUGAUGUUGGUUACAGUAUUAGCUGUAUAAUAGAUGAUAUGGUCCAGUGAUGCUGCCUUAAAACAGAACUACACAAAAAUGCUUCUUGGGUCUUGAUUUUAUUAAUUUUGCCCCUAAAUUCGUCCUAAUAAGAGCGCUCUAUAUUAAACCAGGACAGGUAGCACUCCUAGUACAGAUACUGUGCUGUUGAUGUUCUCAGGAUUGUUUAACAAAGAGAUUCUUUUUUAAAACCGAUUUUAGCAGAAAUAUUCAUGAUGUUAUCUUUGUUGUUGGUGAAGGAUAUAUUCACUUCUGGUGCUGAAUACCAGCAUGCAAAUGGAUCGCACAUUUACAGUCAUUAGGCUUUCUAGAAUAUGCUUCUUUGCAGUGUGAAUUUAGUUAUUGUUCCUAUUUUAAGAAGGUAUUAGUGUAAGUGUGGAAACAUUACUUGUGUAUAGGUACCAUAGGGGACGCAUUGCGGUGUGCUACACACGGGAUGCUUGUUACAUAUGAGGCAUGUGGGUUACAUGUGUAUCAUAAGUAGGGAUGCACCCAAUCCAAGUUUUGGGAAUUCGGACGAAUACCGAAUCCCUCUCAAGAUUCGUACGAAUACGGAAUCCUACAAAAAUUGUCAAGAAAACUGAAGGAAACUCUUCAAUGAAAAACAGACUGGCAGCUACUAGCAAGGGACACGCACAAUCUAUUGUUUUGAGCCUUUUAGUUAAUAGUAUUUUUAUUACCGAAUGGAAAUAUAUCCCUGAUUUCAGUUUGAAACUUACACAAUUUACCACUGUCACCCUCCCACCACAACAGAAAUAUCAAAAUACAGGACGGUUUACUUUACCGUUACAAGAAAGGAGAGCUGCAUCUUUGCCAUAACCCACUAUUUUCUUUUAUGACGUGUCAACUGAUCUGAGAGCUAUGAGGAAAAAAAUUACCAUAAGUGACCUAAAUUUCCCUGCGAAAUAAAACCCACGUUGAUUUAAAAGCACCGUGUGUGUAACACCUAUCAAAUAGGCUACAAAACAGUUUUAAAAUUAUUUUAAUAAAACACAGCAGUUUCAAAUGAUUAAUCUUGUAUUGGCACAUUACAAUAACGUAAAAUGCAAUUUACUAAAGCAUAUUGUUCAACAACAUUUUGCACAUCUGACAGUUGUAAAGUUACAAAAAAAUAUAUAUUUCUGUGCACCGAGUUUUUAUUUUCUAUCUCAGUAUGAUCUCUAGAACACGUUUCACAGACAAAGCAACAAAGCACAAAAGUCUACAACAGUUUGCCGUUACUAUAUAUUACAGGUUUACUGCAUAACUUUACUCCAUGAAAAGUGUGAUGUGAAUGUGCUGUUGCAUACGGGGGUGGGGUAUGUUUACAUUCAGCAGCUGCGUGAUGUGUUUGGUGCAUGCACCACCAGUAAUUUAGAGAGUUGAGAGCCGCGACAGUGUUUCUCAAACGUGAUCUUAUUAAAUUAAUAAAUACAACAGUUACGUUCAAUACCGGAUUUGUGUCUUUUAUUUGAAGAAAAACUGCACACAUUGGAGGGAUGUAUUAAAAUCGAUGUGUGUUUGGGCGGAUGUAGGAUUCAGAUUCGGUUCACCGAAUCCUAAGCAAUCCGAACCCUGCUCAAAAAGUAGGUAUUCGGGCCGAAUUCGAAACCUUGAUUUAUGGUUGAGAAAAAAAUAGAGCUAACAAAAGAAUUUGAAAAAUGUACAGUUUAUGCUUAAUUAAAAUAUUGUAUAUAUUAAUAAAAUGUAAAGUAUGAUUGAUCCUACUUAGUAUAAUUCUGCUUUUAGUAUAGGAGAGGAUCUUGGUGUGUGUGGGGUGUCUGUAAGAUGAGAGCACUUGGGUAUAUAACGGUACUUAAACAACAUUAACAAGGCGUGGAAAAUAGAAGGGUGCAUGUAGACUAUUAGCAUCCUAUCAACUAUCAAGUAACUACCUUGUACUGUAUCUGUUCACUGCAAUAUGGAUUUUCUAGCAUGGCUGCACAUGUGCAAUACUACCAGUCAGCAGUGACAGUGUUGUCAUUUAUUAGGACUGUUAAGAGCUUACCAUCAGAUAUGGUCUUUGCUUUGUUUCCAUUGUCCUUCACACCUGUGUGGUGUCAUCAAUGUGCAACAGCAGCAAUGCAUUACUGUGUAACAUGAUAGCAUGCUUUAUACCGAGUGAGAAGUGAUCAGUCAGUCACCAUAGAAAAUCCAGGCUAGGGCGGGAUGGGUUUCUUUGUAAACUGUAACCAUUUAAAAAAAAAAUUGAAUUGAGCUCCUUGCUGCUGCUGUCGCACAUCAGUCUGCUUACAACCUUGAGCAAGGAUAUUUCACAGGACGUCAAGAGCCAUUUUCAUACAGACAGCUUUGUUGUCAGCCUAUUGUCAAUCGCACAGUGAACUGUGGGCUAAUUCCUUGUUAAAGUUUUCUGCUGUUUUUAGAAUGUAUAAUAAAUUGGUAUCUUGGAAGCCUACUAUAUAUAUGUGUGUGUGUAUGUAAUUACUUUACUUAGCCCUCAGUAGACCUAGAUGUUUGAGUAUAGAUACCAUUGUUCAUUCAGUUGAGAAUUCAGUGCACUGACGCUCUGCAUUCAGAGUGCAGCCCUGUCAGCACACACAUACAUGCACAAUGCAUCUCCACCAUAAUAAAAUGGUAUAUCUUAUUGUAAAUGCCAACCAUAUUUUGGGCUUUGCAACAUAAUGUACAGUACAGUGAUUGCUGUACUGCUUACUGGACAGCUGUGUGUGUGUUUUUUAGACAAUAUGAAUAAGAAGUACUAUUACAGAUUCACAUUGAGCUCUUGAACUGGAGUGCUGAGGUGUCCAGGUCACAUUGAUGGGGGAUUUCAUACAGUGAGAUGAAAGCUACUGCGCUAUACAACUGAUGUGUAAUAAAAUAGGAUGGAAUUCUU